AGUGCUGACAGGACGGAUUCGAACGCGGCGCCUUUUCGGGGAGCAUCGAUCUGCCGGCGCAUGUGCAGUGUGCCCGCCCGCCGCACGCCAGUCCCGCGCCAGCGCUCGCAGAGAACGCACGUCGCAGUCCGACCACAAAAAAUCAAUCUAGGAUCACGCCAAAAUACAGUGUUAUCAGUUAGCGUUCGCCUCAGUUGUGUACGAGAGACGUUUUUGCUAGUGCACUGUGGAUAUACUUAAAGAAUAUUAUCUCCGUGUAAGAUGAGCUAGGCGGCGCGGAUGGUGCGAUGUGCGAGGCCGCGCGCGCAGACCUGAGGAUGGAGGUUAGCUGAUCGAGGGGCCGGCCGCGACGACGCAAGCGGCUCAUACAGCGCAUCAUGCAGGUGUUCGGCGAGUGGGCGCAGGUGGAGGUGGUGGAGCUGGUGAACGACGGCGGCGGGCUGGCGUUCGGCAUCGUGGGCGGCCGCUCCUCCGGCGUGCUCGUCAAGAGCGUGCUGCCCGGCGGCGUCGCAGACAGGGAUGGACGCCUACGCAGCGGCGACAUGCUGCUGCGGAUCGGCGCGGUGUGCGUGGUGGGCAUGUGCGCGCGGCAGGCGGCGGCCGUGCUGCGGCAGUGCGGCGCCUGCGUGCGGCUGCUGGUCGCGCGCCCGGCGCACAGCGGCACGGCGCAGCAGCAGCCGUCGCUGGGCGCAUCACCGGCGCCGGUGGUGCCGACGCGUCUGCUGGCGGAUCCGCUGGAGCUGGAGCGCGGGCUGGCGGAGGCGGGGCACGAGGGGUUCGGCGCGCUGUGCGACCCCCCCGCCCCUGACCUGCCGCAGCCCCCCACCAUCAUCGAGGAGCGGCUGCACCAUCGGCCGGUGGCGUCGAUAGUGGCGGUGGUGCCGCGCGGCGCCCUGGCGCCCUCCCCGCGCCCGCCGCCGCUUAUCGCCGCGCCCGAGCCGCCACCGCCGCAGCCGCCCAGACUGCCCCUGGACAUGGCGGUGCGGGGCGGGCGGGGCGGGUCGCCGGAGACGCUGAGCUACGAGGUGGCGCUGAGCAAGGACGCCGCCGGCCUCGGCAUCACCGUCGCCGGAUACGUCUGCGAGCAAGAGGAGCUGAGUGGAAUCUUCGUGAAAAGUAUAAGCGAGGGCAGCUCCGCCGACUUGUGUGGCAAAAUACAAGUCAACGACAGGAUAGUCGAGGUGGACGGAGUGUCGCUACAUGGUGUAACAAACCACAGAGCGGUGGCGCUGCUGCGGGACGCCAAGGGACCGAUUGUUAGACUGAAAGCGCUUAGAUACCUCCGUGGUGCGGGGUUUGAGCGGUUACAGCGCGCGCUCGCCGCACAAGAUGGCCGCCGCCUGCCCGUCGCCCCGCCCAGUCCGUCCGUCACAUCGCUCGCCAGAUACAGCUUUAGUGUGUACGACGAGUCAACCGUAAUCGAGCCGGAGCCGGAGUCGGGUCGUCACGUGUCGCCCACCUCCCCCCGCUCCCCUGCCUCCCCCACCUCGCCCGAUGAGGAGAUAGUCAUAGGCGCGGCGGGUGAUGGCGACCGACGCGUGCAGGACAAGUGGCGGGACAUACUCGCCGCAGAACCGGACUGGCCCGGACACUGCUUCCAGUACGAGGUUAUUGUGGGCACAAUAAUGAAAGAGAAGGACAGCGGGCUGGGCAUCUCGCUGGAGGGCACGGUGCGGGUGGUGGGCGGGCGCGAGGUGGGCGCGCGACACUACAUACGGGCCAUCGCGCCGCGCUCGCCCGUCGCCAGGCUGGGCCUGUACCGCGUCGGCGACGAGCUGCUGGAGGUAAACGGCUGGCGCGUGUUGGGUGCUCAUCACGUGGAGGUGGUGUCGCGGCUGCGCGCGGUCACGUCGCCCGUGUCACUCGUCGUGGUGCGGAAACUGACCGAACCGCUGCCCAAUAGUAAUUUUGCCAGGAACAGCGUGGUGGGCGGCAGCCUGCAGGAGCUGCUGGCGGCGCCGCAGCGGCUCAUCAAGGCCAAGUCCGAGAGCUCCGUCGCGUCGCUGUGCAGCGCCACCACCGUCAUGUCCGCGCCGCACGAUCAUGACGAGUUCUGCUCAGACGAGCUGGAGCGCGGUCGGUCACGGUCGCUGGAGCCGUUGAGCGGGCUGGCGAUGUGGAGCGACCAGGUCGAGUACAUACAGCUGCUCAAGGAAGACCGAGGGCUGGGCUUCUCGAUAUUGGACUAUUUGGACCCCAUGGAAGCGGGCAGCUCUGUGAUCGUAGUGCGGUCGGUGGUGCGGGGCGGGGCGGCGGCGGCGCACGGCCGGCUUGCGCCCGGCGAUCGCCUCGUCUCCGUCAACGGCGUCGACGUUGCGCGCAGCCCGCUUGCCGUCGCCGUUAACGCUAUCAAGAGUGCGCCUAAAGGGAUAGUGACGAUCGGUAUAACGAAGCCGCUGCCGUGCAGCACAGUAGUGGGCGGUGAGAGGGCAAACGGGCCCAGCGUGCAGAGUAGUCAGGAAUGCGUGAAUUCUCUGGCGUCGGACGACCACACCGGCAUGGACUCUUUCCACGAGUGCCUGCAGGAGUACGCCGAGGGUCUGGAGGUGGUGCAGAUAUGCCUCGAGCCCGAGGAGUCCUCCAUCAAGGACGAGGAGCUCUCUGCCCUGGCGGACCUCAGCUACGAGGAAAACCUCAAGAACCAGACUCUAGUAGACAGUAAAGUGUACAUAGAGAACAAGGUGCACGAGAAAGUAAAUGGCAUCAGCGAGAUGAAGUCCUUCAAGUCCGACGACUCGCUCGACGACCCCGACGAUGAUCUGACGAUCACGGAGAAUGAUGUCAUCACGCUUCCGAGAGAGCUGAGUCGGAGGACGUCCCUGAUUAAAAACGAGGAGGACAAAAGUGUCCUCAAGCAGCAGAGCAAGGACCUGUCCACGUCGGACGAGAUGGUGUUCGCCGUGACGCCCACCGGCCUCGAGAGAAUCAGCUUCGAGACCUACUGGAAGGACAGCGAGGUCAUCAGGGAGAAUAAGAAAAACGACGAGAGCUGGACCCUCAACUCUCCGUCCGACGAGACGUCCAGCUUCUACGACGCCACGGCUAGAAUAUCGAUUCAGGAGCAGAACAACUCGCUGCUGUACAUCGACCACGAGAUAGACGGCUACGAGACGUGCCUCGACGACGACUCCUCGUCCGCUAAGUGUCCCGAAAAAAACGGCCGUAAAAGUCCGAUCAAAGAGCUGGAUAAACACGAUAAAAUAGCCAUUAAAAACGUCGAUCACCGUGCCAAGACUAUCGAACCCGAGCCCGUCAUUACAAUAGAGGAGGCGCCGGAGUACACCCGGCCCUACGUGGAGGAGCACAUCAUCAAGCAGAUGAAAUCCCUGCGCAUCGAACCGCUCAACGUCAACGUCAGCACGAAAAAGAGGAGAAAGAGUCCCACGAAGCCGGCCAAGACCGAGCGCCGGUGCGUCGAGUACUAUAACGACCAGGAGGAGUGUCUGCAGGAGAUCCAGAGGCGGAAGCGCCGGGAGGAGGAGCAGAGGACGCGGGGGGAGGACAAGAGAAAGGAGAAGUUUGACAUCAAAAAGUUGAACUCGCACAAAAAAGACCCGAGCGAGGAGUCCACGGACGCGGACACGUACGUGCCCGGCUGCCACAAGUGUUUCCUGGAGCACGCGUACGCGAUCACGCAGGCCUACAUAGCGGAGGCGACCGCGUGCAAGUAUUGCGAGGUGAUCCGCGACAUGCUGGAGGUGCCCAAGUCCCACUACCGCCGGAAGUCCGCGCCCGCGCUCUUCAACGUGGACAGCCCGGGCUCCGAGACGGAGGACGAGAACUUUCUCACGGUGCCCGAGGUGAAGGACAGGAGACAGUCCGCCGGCCCGCUCAAGUAUCUGGUGCCAGCGAGGCGAUCCAGCUACGUGGGCGGCAUGACGGUGAGCGGCCACAAGGAGGGCGGACAGCGCUGGGGCCCGCCGCGCCGCGUUACGCUGCGCCGCCGCCCCGGCGCGCCGCUCGGCGUCAGCAUCGUCGGCGGGAAGGUGGACAUAAUCGCGAACCAUGGCGGCGAGAACGGCGAGCGCGGGAUGUUCGGCAUCUUCAUCAAGAACGUGGUCCCCGACAGCCCGGCCGCGCAGUGCGGGGAGCUGCAGGUCGGCGACCGCAUACUGGAGGUGGACGGCGUGGACGUGCGGACGGCGCAGCACGAGCGCGCCGUGCAGCUUAUCAAGGCCGCCAAGGACGACGUCACGCUCACCGUGCAGAGCCUGGUCGCCUGGAAAUCAGAUUCAUCGGACGUGGACAGUUCGCCGCCUGCGCCCGCGCAGACGCGACCCAACAAAACCCGAUCUAUGAAGGCCAAAGCACCGAAACCACCGCCUCAGCAGCAUGACAUAAAGAUCACAGUAACCCCCGACACCGACGACAAGAAAGAGGAGAAAAAAGAGACGGAAGCACAGGGUGAGAGCGAGAAGGCGGCAUCGGACACCGCGCCGGAGAAACCCAAGCCGGCGUACAGCGACUCCGACAGCAGCGACGAGGAGGACGAGAGGGAGAUGCAGGGCAGGACGUACUCGGAUAAGGGAGUUGAGAUCGACCGCGCGUCGGCCGGCGCCAUCAAGCGUAGCAGAGAAGAGAGGGAGGCAGAUCCAGAAGAAGAGGACGACUUCGGCUACACCACAAACAAAAUCCGCAAGAAGUACGCGUCGCUGGGCGACAACGUGGUGGUGGUGAAGCUGGAGCGCGUGGGCCAGAUCGGGCUGGGCCUCAGCCUGGCCGGCCACCGCGACCGCAGCCGCAUGGCCGUGUUCGUGUGCGGCCUCAACCCCGCCGGCGCCGCCAUCGCCGCGCAGCCGCCUGUCAAGGUCGGCGAUGAGAUACUUGAGGUGAACGGCAUAGUGCUGCACGGGCGCUGCCACCUCAACGCCUCCGCCAUCAUCAAGGGCCUGGUCGGACCAGUCUUCAAGUUUAUACUGCUCAGGCGGAAGGCAGCAUUGGAGGAUGUUGCUGUCAAACCGCUCACACAGUUCCCCACGCCACUUGAAGAGGGGUUGGACGACCGCUUCGCUGGCUACAAAGGUGUAAGAGACAUUACCGUCAAGAAGGGUCCAGCUGGUUUGGGUAUCAUGAUAAUCGAGGGUCGCCACACGGAGGCGGGGCGCGGUAUCUUCGUCUCCGACUUGCAGGAGGGCAGCGCGGCCGAACAGGCUGGUUUAAACAUAGGAGAUAUGAUAUUGGCGGUCAAUAGGGACUCGCUGCUCAGCUGCACAUACGACUCUGCGGCGGCCAAGUUGAAGCAGACGGAGGGCGUGGUGAUACUGACCGUGUGCAGCCCCAACCUCAAGGACGGAGAGACACCUGAGGAUCGGCCGAAGACGCCGCAACCCGCCGUCUCGCCGGCCAAACCGGAGCCGCCGGCGGACCCGGCGACGGCUGCGGUGCGGGCGAACGCCGACACCGUCAUAGAGAUCACCACCAACAACGAGGUCAUCGGCCUCUCGCUGCUCGGCGGGAACGACACGCUCAUCGCUGGUGCAGUAGCAAUAGUUCUAGAAGUAUACAAAGAGGGCGCCAUCGCGAAGGACGGCCGCAUCAAGGUGGGCGACCAGAUCAAGAACUGCAACGGCGUCGAGAUCACCAAAGACAUGUCCAACGAGAGAAUCUGCCUUAUCAUCAAACAGAAAGCGCCUAAGCUGAAAAUGACGGUGUACCGUCCGGAGCCGCUACAGUACGAUGAGGUGGAGACGGAGUUAACGCGCAAGUCCGGCCGCCCGCUCGGACUCAACUGCGUCGCGCCGCUAGAGGGACCCGGACUGUAUCUUGGCGAGAUCCUGCCCGGUUCCCCGGCGGAGGUGGACGGCAAGCUGCAGCGCGGGGACUGGCUCGUGUCUGUGGACGGCAAGGACGUGUCCGCGCUCGAGCCCGUCGCCGCCGCCGCCAUCUUGAAGCUGGCCGGCAACAAGGUGCCCGUCAAGGUCAAGCGGUUCAAGCCCAUCCGGUAAUCGUGACACGCGUCAAAGUCGCGGACUCUAGAUAAGUAGUGAAUUGUGUUGGUGGUGCGUGAGGUGACAUUGUCCAAUACCAUACAGUAACUUCUUAGCGGGCCCCUAGACCAGUAAUUUUAUUGCGUAAUAUCCUGUAUUGC